AUGAAUUUAAAAAUAUAUUGUAAGUAAUUUCAGAAGCUAUUCUUAAUUGAUAGUACUCCUAAUAUGAAUAUGAAAUAAGUAAUUGAUUAAAUUACUUAAUUUUUUGGAUGUAAUGUUUCAACUUUGACAACUGCUUCAAUCAAUGAUAAAAUCUUAAGUAGUGAUUUAACAUUAGAAGAAUUAAAAAUAGGAUAAGAUUGUUAAAUUACAUUAUUUCUUUAAUAUUGUGAGCAUAUUAAAUUUUAAUUGAAACAUAAUAAAAAAUACAUCUAAACACUUGAAAUAAAUAUUUAUAACAGUAUAUAAGAAGUAGAAUAAUUAUUGGCUAAUUACUUUAAAAUUGAAUAUGAUGUGAAAAUUAUCGUUAAUGAUUAAAAAAUAUCUAAGACAUUGCCAUUCUCUUAACUAGAUUUAAUUAAAACACAUGAAUAUGAGAUCAAUGUUUAUUUAUAAAUUGAAAUGAAUAAAAAUUAAUAAAAAUUGUUGGAUUUUUCUGUAUUUGAUAAAAUUUCAGAUAUAAAAUAGAAAAUAAUUGAAUAAAUGUAAAUUAAAGGAGAAUUCUAGAUUUUUUAUAAUUUUGGAAUCUAAUUAGAUACAAUAGAAAAUAUGGAAGAAACAAUAUAUUCCUUAUAAAUUCCAAAUUAUUAAACCUUAAAAAUACAAAGUUUAUAAUAAAUAAAUUUAAAAUAUAAUGUAAAUAAUUUUAGCGAAUAAUAUAAAAUUAAAAUUAAUCAAAAAUUAAUAGAUUUUAUAAAUCAAUUAAGGAAAAAACAUAAAUAUUCUACUAAUUACAUAAAUAAUAUAAAGUGUAAUGAAUAGUUAUAGACUUUAAAUACAAUUUCAUUGAAAGAGAUUAAAUAAUAUUAAAUAGAUAUUGAAGAAAAUAAAGAUGAAACUAUUAAUAUAACAAUUAUUAAUUAUUUUGAUUUAGCUAAUAGAGAACUAAAGAUUUAUAAUAUAAAUUAAAAUUUGGAUGAAUUAAAAAAUGAAAUUAAAUAAAAAAAUAAUAAUUGUCAAAAUGUGGAAUUUAUAAUUGAUGAAAGAUUUUUAGAAACUGAUUCCAAAACAUUCUAAUAGGUAGGUUUUGUUGCAAAUACACAUUAUUGUUUAUAAUAUAAAUGUAUAAAUUAUGAUAAUUAACACCAAAAAUUUAGCCAAAAUAUUACUCAAUUGGAUAAACAUUCAUAAACUUUUAUAUGUAAUAAUCAACAAAAUCUUAUAGGAAAUAACUAAUAAUAAAUUAUAGCAUUAUCGGAUUCUAAAAUUCAAUCUGAAUCUGAUUAAAUAGAAGGAUCAAAUCAUUUUGAAAGAUCUUCUGGAUUAUAUAAUAACUAAUUUAGUAAAAAUAAAUAUCAUAAUUCGAGUAAUAUUACCGAAAAAUCAUUAUUAAAUCAUAUGUCACUUUAUUAAGAAGAAUUAAGAACAGAAGAUUAAAAUAUUAUCACUAUAACAAUUAUUAUGAAAUUAAAUGAUUAAAUUUUUGAAUAAAAUUAACAAAUAAAAGAAAAUCAAUAUAGUAUCUUAUCAUAAACAUAAAGUUAUAAAGACCUUUUAGCAAAAGGAAAAACUAAUAUUACUUUAAAAUUUGAAGGUAAAAUUAUUGAUGUAGAUAAGAGUUUUAAAGAUCUUGGAAUAUCUAAUAAUAGUACGAUAGAAGUGAUAAUUUAAUCUGAUGAUAUACUUUUAUCAUAAAUUAAUUAAUAAAAUCAAAAUGAUGAAGAAAGCUCUCAAAUUAAUGAAAAAGUUAAGAUCUAAUUUUAAUUCUAAAAAGAUGGAAUAUAAAGAAAUGAAUUUAAAAUAUAUAAUAAAGAAACAAUUAAAUUCUCAUUAAUUAGAAAAUAAUUAUUAAUGCAAUAUUAAUUACCAGAAAAUAUGGAAAUUAUGUAUAAAGACAAAAAAGUUGACUUAAAUUAAAAUAUUUCAAGUAUACUUUAAGAAGGUGAAUUUCUUUUUAUUUUGAAAGGAUAAGAAAAUUUGAUUAAUAAAAAACUUGUAAAUUUAAAUCUGAUUCUCAUAGAUGGACCUACAGAAAAUUAAUCGAUUUAAGUUGAUUAAUACAUUGAAAUCUCAAACUUAUAUAAUUUAGGUAUUUUAAUAUUUAAAUUAUUAAGUUGAAUAGAAGUUAAAUUAAACUAAUUUAAAGUUAUAUUAUGAAGGCACUGAAAUAUCAAAUUAAAAAGAAACCUAUAUAACACUGAAAGAUGAUGGAGAAAAUGAAAUAGAAGUGGUAGUUUGA